AUGAACGACCUUGAAACAGUGAUUUCAGAAAAUUCUGAUCCUUUACCCGAGAGAUCAUCGAAUGUAUCCGCCGAGAAACUUUGCUUGAUUCAUAAAAAUUGUGUCCCAAUGGUAGCAGAUUAUGAAACGAGAUGGAAGACAGUUCCAAGAUUCCGGUUAGCAAGCUGUCUUAUUCACAAGAGCAUGUCCACCGUUCUUUCCGGACUGAUGUGUUUCCUGCAAAAAGCUGAGCAAUAUAAGAGAGAAAACUUGAACAUCACCGAUUUUGAAGCUUCUAAAGAGCUUUGUCCAUCAAAUAGUUACCACAAUUUCGAAAACAUUACGAAAAUGUUUUGGAAACUUGGCUGGAAAUAUUUCAUCGUGACUCGCGAUCCGAUUGAUCGCUUUUUAAGCGUCGGCUUUGAAGAUCGACACUUUUACCCACAAACUUGGAGAUGUCAAAUGCGGGAACACGCAAGUGAGUACAAAUUCAUCAAGUAUAGCAGUGAUCCGAGUGAAUCUGUGAUACCGGCACUUGUGGAAGUACUUGAGCAACAAAAGGUGCCCAAAUCCUACAUCGAUUGGAUUAAAACCCAGCUUGUCACACAAAGAACCGACCACUCAACGAUUAACUCGGAAGCAAGAAAAUUUCUCGAGAAGCGACUCCACUCUAGUCCAUAUUUGUUAGAAUUAUUAGUUCGAUUGUUUUAUCAAGAUUACAAGAUUUUGGGCUACGAGUUGCCGUUU